CUCCUGGCAAAUAGAAGGGGAAGAAAUGGAGGCAGUGAGAGAUUUUACUUUCUUGGGCUCCUUGAUCACUGCAGAUGGUGACAGCAGUCACGAAAUUAAAAGACGCCUGCUUCUUGGGAGAAAAGCAAUGACAAACCUAGACAGCAUCUUAAAAAGCAGAGACAUCACCUUGCCUACAAAGGUCUGUAUAGUUAAAGCUAUGGUUUUCCCAGUAGUGAUGUAUGGAAGUGAGAGCUGGACCAUAAAGAAGGCUGAUCGCCGAAGAAUUGAUGCUUUUGAAUUAUGGUGCUGGAGGAGACUCUUGAGAGUCCCAUGGACUGCAAGAAGAUCAAACCUAUCCAUUCUUAAGGAAAUCAGCCCUGAGUGCUCACUGGAAGGACAGAUCGUGAAGCUGAGGCUCCAAUACUUUGGCCACCUCAUGAGAAGAGAAGAAUCCUUGGAAAAGACCUUGAUGUUGGGAAAGAUUGAGGGCACUAGGAGAAGGGGACGACAGAGGACAAGAUGGUUGGACAGUGUUCUCGAAGCUACGAACAUGAGUUUGACCAAUCUGCGGGAGGCAGUGCAAGACAGGAGUGCCUGGCGUGCUAUGGUCCAUGGGAUCACGAAGAGUCGGACACGACUAAAUGACUAAACAACAACAAAAGCAUCUCAGCAUGUGAUUUAUUGUGAAAUGCUAGGACUAGUAAUCACAAAUGUAAAUUGAAAAAGCAAAAGCAGGUGCCAAGUUCCUGGCUGAGAGUCUACACUAGAUCAAAUUUCUGGACUGGUUGGAGACCACCGCAUUAGACCUUUUCUGUAAUGAACCCUAAACUUCCAAGUUCCCAGUUUCGGUCUCCCUCUGUGGACUCUUGCAACCCGGACUGCACCUUUGCCGUAUUUUUUUGAGGUGGGUGCUGUGGAGUUGUACCGGCAUUUGAGCAAAUAGUUCAGGGAUUGGCUUGGCUAGUAAGGGCAUAGGAGGAAGUUAAUGAAACAGCAUUGUUUGGAUGAUUUCCAACCCUUACGGGGAAACCCAGUGCUGAAAAUUCAGCGGCCAAGUUCCUGUUUCUCUGAUUGGAGACUUGCUCGGAGCCAGCAGUGGUGCUGGAACCAGGUGCUAGGCAAGAAGCAGAUAAAGACCCCAGAGCACCAGCUGUGAAGGGACAGAGAGCCAAACCGAUCCUCCAUGAAGUGCACCCACAAGAUGGACAGGCCAUGCAGAACCCAUAGCUGGAAGGUCUCCUGGCAGAUGCUGCUCUUAGCAGCCUCCAUCCUGAGUUCCUGCUUCCUGUUGACUCGAGGCCAGGAGAGAAUUGGAAUAAGUAUCAGAGUUGUUCCAGAAGUGCUGAAAGAAGGAGAUAGUGUCACAUUGACACCAGAAGGUUUAGAUCUGAAGAAGCUUAGUAACUGCAAAUGGUACCGAGGGGCAAUUGAAGAAAGAAACCUUAUUAUUACUGUCUACAGUGUGGUAGUCGAGGAAGUGGCAGUCAGCUUGCAGUCUGGAGCAUUGGUCCGACAGGACCAAGGCAGGUUGAGAGCAGAAGAACAGGAUUACCGCCUGGAGGAUGGCCGAGGGUCCAAAGGGGUCUUCCCAGGCAAAAGGGCCUGGUGCCGGCUGAAGAUCUUGGGGCCCUCAGUCAGCCACACAGGAGAACCGCAAGUCCCUGUUCGGGCGCCAAAUAUUACCUUUUUCCUAAUUCCAGUUUUUGGUCAGGCAAAUGGAACUGCCCACACUGGCAGGGAAACUGGGAACAAAGAUUGCUCCCUUCAAAUCACAGAUUUAAAGCCAGAUGACUCUGGAACCUAUUCAUUUAAACCAGAAGCUUUGGGGGUUUCCAACACAGGGGCUACAAACAUCACCGUUUCAGAAAUCCUCUCCCACCCAGUCCUGUGGCCGACAGAAUCCCUAGGGUCAGGGAACACAAGUGUCACCUUAUACUGCAACACCUCUGACCGCCUUGACGUCUCCAUCCUUUGGUUCAAGGAUGGUAAUCCUGUCCAAUCUAAGACGGGGCUUUCUGACCGGAACCGAACCCUCACGCUAACUAGCAUCACCAAAGAGGACGAAGGGAUCUAUACGUGUCAGGCAGUCAACCCUGUCAGUAAUGCUAUAAGCAACCCCAGUAAGAUAACUUUGGCAUAUUCUUCAGGUGGUUCUUCUCCUUCUUCUGGUUCUGCUGGAGCCCUCGCUGGGACUGUUAUUGAGUCCCUGGCUGUGAUAUUGGUGCUGGUGGGGACCCUGACUUACGUCUCUCUCCGUGUCUGUCGUCGAAAUGGCAAAACUUCCACCCAGGUUGUAUCCACCCCUCAAAUAUAUGAGAAUGUUCCUCCACCUGGACAGGUUCAUCAUGAAAACUCCUCCAGCGCUGCCAACACAUAUGAGACCUUGCAGCCCAGGAUCCCAUCUGUCUAUGAAGAGAUACAGAGAUAAGAGUUGGACCCAGCAAUUUCCUCUCCACUACUGAACCUCUCCUGGGCCCUCAAGCCUCUUUCCUGAUCUGAUCUCUUCCUUUCAGAUGGUGCUGAGUAACUGUAGGGACCAGGACAUUUUCUCUGCAGGGCUUAAUCCUUCUGGAAAUCCUAGUCCUUGUUCUGAAGAAAAGAGCCAGCCUUGGUCCCCAAGGGACUCUCAUGUUGGGAAAGACUUGCAGAUACUGAGACAGAGACACAAAGGAAGUUCUCCCUGGAAAGGCCAGGCAGAUAUCCUUGGAAUUGCAUCUUGUGUGACUAAAGGAUUAAUGCUGAGGGGGAAGAAAGAAAAGGGAAAUUCCUCAUGAAAACUCACCUGCAUUUUAAUGUAAAUAUAAUAUAUUUACAUAUAUAUGUAAAUAUAAUAUAUUUAAUGUAAUAUACACAUUUUUCCAAAUAGUUUUGACAAAUGUUGACAUUUUUCAAGUAUUCCCCCCCCCAAUAAAAUCCAUGUUUCCAUGUUAUUUUCACACUAUAUGCACACACACUACACCCCUGAAUGCUACUGCUGGAAUGAGAAAGUCUUUGUCAUACACCUGCAGUUGAGUAAGAAUAAGAAUAAGAAUAAUAUUUAUACCCCAGCCACUCUGGGUGGCUCCCAAGAGAAUAUUUCAAACAUGAUAAAACAUCGAACAUUAAAAACUUCCCUAAACAGGCCUGCCUUCAGAUGUCUUCUAAAAGUCAGAUAGUUGUUUAUUUCGUUGACAUCUGAUGGGAGGGCGUUUCACAGGGCAGGCGCCACUACCGAGAAGGCCCUCUGCCUGGUUCUCUGUAGAAAGAAUGUCUGUCUGCUUUCAUGUGGGAGGGAGUUCCAAAGACAGGUCACCAAAGGUAUGGCUUCUAGUAGUUGCAAGCUGUGCAUCCGAGCCUUGGAGGAACACAAGCAGAGACUCCCUUGGAUAUCUCCAUGCUUGGGCAGGGAUAUAAGGGGUUAGGCAGUCCUUGAGAUUGUAAGGAAACCUCUGAGCCGUUUAUUACAAUCAAGCUGUGAAAGCAAGCAAGCUACCCUAGCCUUGUGUCGCUGGAAUGUAGCCUCUCACAGCAUCCACCCCCACCCCCCACCCCCCAGACGUGUGUGUCCCAGAAGCUUGUCCAUGAGGCAAUGAACCUCUCUGCCUGAAAACGUUACCCCACACCGGAUCUGAUUGACAUUUUCCCUUCCUCUAAUAUGAGAAGGCCUCUCCUCUCCUGAAGUUGCCUCAUUUGCUGUGUGGUUCCUCCCCAGCAGCCUUCUUUCCCCAUUCGUCGUUGCAGAACCACAGCUUUUACACUCCUCUCUGGGCAGAGAGGGAGUCCUCGGCCUCCAAGAAAGCGGAGUUGUCCCACCCAGCCUCCUGUUUCGCUGGGGUGAAGGAUCCAGCAAAGCACAGCCAGAGACCUGGGGGUCACUGGCGGCUGAGUGGAAGCAGGAGCUGCUGGAGGAACCCAGGCAUCCUGGUGACCCUGCUGGCGGCAGCAUCCAGCUUGUGAAGUCCCACAAUGGGGAGGAGGCAGGAGCGUCAUCUGAGCCUAGCAGGUGAGGCAAACUGGGGUGACAAAGAAGGCCUGGGAGUCUGGGAAGGUGCUGAAAGGGAACCACAAGAGGUUUUCCCCCUUUCUUCGUGGCUGCAUUCCUUGUGGCUGUUUCCAUUUGUAUAGGGGAGAGGAGAGGAGAGGGGGUGGGAGCAGACCCCUUUGACACAUCCCUGCCCAUGGAUGAAGAAGAAGAAGAAGAAGAAGAAGAAGAAGAAGAAGAAGAAGAAGAAGAAGAAGAAGAAGAAGAAGAAGAAGAAGAAGAAGAAGAAGAAGAAGAGGUUUCUUUUAAAAUUGUAGCUCAAUGCAGAAAGAAGGGAGUUUACAAGCAUGCAGUUGAACACACACAAAAGGAACACAGACCAGAGAAACAGACGUAUGCUGUAUUCACACACAUGUAGUUUAAUGGAACUUACUUCCAUGUAGGGGUCAGUUUUUAUUUUCUCCAUUUCCCGUUUUUCCAAUCUCAAACUCAGUUCUCCACAUUUUGAAGCAAUUUCUGAUUUUAUUUUUAAAUGCUCAUUGAAAUUAUUCCGGAAAUUAGUGCUCAUUUCUCCUAAUAAACAUGUUUUUGUGUGCAGUUUUGACUAAUGUACACUUUUUGGAAGCAAUUUCUUCUACUAUAAUGCACUUUUGUAUAUUAUGUUCUGCCAAGAACAUAUUUCAUAUUUAUGAGAAUUUUCUCCACAAUAUUCAAGGGGGGAGUGAACUUUAAGGGAACUACAGUACAUCAUAAAAUUCAGUAAAGUGAGAAUUUUGAAGGAUGUCUUUAUGGUGUUUCACCUCUAGGGAUCUAGCAAGAGUUAAGUUGCAAGGGUGGUAAAUAGCCAAUAGGAGCUCUCCAGGCAGAAGCAGGGGUAUAUAAGGAGAAGCAGGCAGUCAGAAGGGGGAGAUAAAAGGGAGAGUUGAUGGGAGUUGAUGAGAGAGGUGGAGAGGAUUUUGAGAUAGAGGGUUAGAGAAGCUAGGAGCCUCCAUCCUGAGUUCUUGCUUCCUGCUGACUCAAGCCCAGGGCAAGACUGAAAUACACAUCACAGUUGACCCAAAUGAGCUG